AAUUAUCUGCUGUCAUUCUUGGUCUGUGUCUGCUGUGAAAAUAAAUAGUGGUAGUUUUUUGCUUGUCUGUCUUUGUGAUAGUUACUGUAAAAUAAAAAGAAUACACUUCUGUGUUAAAUUCACGGUUUAUAAUGUAAUAAAUGUAGUGGUAGAAGCUUGUUAUUCAGCAUUCAUGACCUCGUGUACUGAGUUUAUAAAUAACAGCGUCGUUGAUCAAGACUAUUAACAGAAAAAUGGAACCAGUUACGAGUCCCCGAAAAAAGGUUAAAAGUCCGGCUGUAGAUUCAACUCCCAUCAACCCAAAAUUGUCCAUUACGUGCUCUGAUGUUCCUGAUGGUUUGUUUGAUGCGUCUGCUGCAAAAAAACACUUUAGCAAGUUUGGUCGUCUCCAACGUGUCCAGUUGUUCCCCAAGCGACAAAUGUGUAUUGUUGAAUAUGACCUACCAAGCUCUGUAGAGAGAGCAGUGCUUAAUGCAGGGGCAUAUGAUGGAUUUAUGUUUGAUGUCACUAGAUCAAAACCUCGAACGAGGAGACAAAGUAAGAAAGAUGAUGAUCCAGAUUGGGUCCCUGAUUCUGAUGUUGAAGCAGAGUUGUCUGCUAUGAGUGGUGCACCAUGGUACAAAAUAACACGCCAACAAACAAGAUUAAGUGAGGGUGAUGUGAAGAAACUUAAAGUGCCACAAAAAGCUGCGAAGGCAGUAAGUCCACCAGUAGUCAAGAAAAAGAUUGCAGUAGCUUAUCAUCCUAGCAUCAAACAACCCAGUAAUCAAGCGUCCAGUGUUGUAGAAAAUCAAGUUCAAGUGCCUACUGUGCAGACUAGCCUCAGUACUACAGAGGCCGCUGUUGAGUUGCACCAAUUGAGAUUUAGGGUUUCAUUAACACCUGAUGAGCAGUGGAGAACAUUAGAAGCACGAGACAAGAUUUUAAGAGGAUGGGGAGGUGCAGGGUCGCGUGUGAAGGUAGGAGGAGCAACUAUAGGAACCUGUCAAGACAUGUGUCCGGAGAAGGAACUAUUACAUAGGCAGGCGGAACACCAAGUGAUGACAUUGGAGACGGUGCUAGAGUCUGAUGGUCAGUUGGAACCGUGGCGAUCUGUGAAACAGUACAGUCGCAGCUCUGCCGACCAGGAGAUACCGAUGUGCUAUGAGCUACGACCCGCUGCUGUACUCAUGCGCACUUGUUCAUAUUUGCUACACGAAAUCGCCGAUACCACCAGACAGGUAUCGCUUGCUGAUUGGUUUCAUUUUAUGUGGGAUCGUUUACGGAGCAUUCGGAAAGACAUUACUCAACAAGCGCUGUGCUGUGCAGAAUCAAUUCAACUUGUUGAGAUGUGUGCUCGUUUCCAUGCUCACUGUGCGGCGAGACUUGCAGAUCUGGAACACACUCAAUUCGAUCAAAAGUUAAACACAGACAAUCUUACUAAAUGUCUGCAGACAUUAAAACACAUGUACGCCGAUGUUACACCAGACCAGAAACCUAACGAAGCUGAGUUCAGAGGCUACAUAGCUCUAUUGAACUUGGGCGAUGCAAACUUUUGGUGGGAGAUAAAACAACUACCUCCCGAAAUUCAAAAGUCGGAACCGUUAGUGUUUGCUACGCAGGUAUUCAACGCCAUAGACAAUAAUAAUUAUGUACGAUUUUUCCGUUUAGUCGAACAUAGAGCUACCUAUUUGCAAGCGUGUAUAUUAUUACGGUAUUUUAAUGAUGUCCGAGCGAGGGCUUUAGCUAGAAUGGUUAAAGCGUAUGCUCCUAGAGGCGGCUCGAGGUUUCCCGCUGAAGAUAUGAUGAAAGCUCUCGCUUUUGAAUCGAUAGAAAAUAUGCAUUGUUUCAUUAACCAUUAUGGAUUGAGAUUCGCUAAAACAGAUGAUACUGAACUAACAAUAAUACUUGAUAGAAAUCAAUUUAUAGAAGACAGUGACCCAUAUCCUAUCGCAAGAGCAGUGUCACUUAUUGAAUCUAAAAGGACGAAUACAGUUGGUGAAGUAAUUGCGGGUGGUCGUUUGCCAAAUCCUGAUUUUAAGAAUCACGUCUUAUAUUCUAGUUUUACUAAAGACGGCAAACUAAAAGAAUCAGCUUUGCUCGCUGAAGACCAAGGUUAUGAUACAAAGAAUGAUAGUGAAAAAGAUGUUCAAGCAUUGAAAGCUGAGAUAAAUAAACUUGGUCAAGGAGAGAAAAUUAAUAUUAUAGACAAUAAAAAAGAGCAAAAGGUAACUUUAUCUAUAAAACCAGAACCAAAGACGUUGAGCCCUAGUAAACCUCUAAAUACAUUUACACUACCCACAAGUGCCAACAAGCAAUUUUCAUUUAAACCAGCCAUACCAGUAGCAUCAACGGAAGUAAUAAAAAAUUCUCCAGAAAAAAUAUUUGGUAGUGAUAUCAAAAAUAUAUUUUCGUUUUCGAAGCCUCAAGAGUCUUUGGGUUCUAGUUUGUUCUCUGUGAAGAAUACUGAAAACAUAUUUAAAGUGCCUGGUGAACAAGCAGCGUUUGAUAUGAAACCAGAUGGCAAAAAUAUUUUUGCCAAAAAUGAUGAAAAUAAAGAUCCAUUUAAUAAGGGGCAAAAUUUAUUCAGUAAACCUGUAGAAUCCAGUGUAUUCGAGCAAAAAGUUGACGCUACGAAUUUAUUCCAACAGCAAGAAUCUGAAAACCGUGGAACUACGAAUGUCUUUAAACAACAGGAACUUGCUAAAAAUAUAUUUUCUACAUUUGAUACACAAAAUAAAGCGGUCAAUAAUAUUUUUGCUCCAGCAAAGGAUAAUACUACUAUUGCAAAACCUGAUAGUACUGUGAAAUUUGGUGUUACUAAUAAUAUUUUUACCAAAUCCGCCUUUGAGGGAGAAAAACAAACGCCAAAUAUAUUUGGAGUAUUUAAUAAACAGACUGAAAUUAAGCAAAAAGAUAAUAUAUUUCAAAAACCAAUUACUGGUUCGGUCGGAAAAUCUAUAUUUGCUUCAAAUGGAGAUGUUCCUAGUAAUAAAUUGUCGCCUGGAAGUUUAUUCAAAAAUGCUGUGGUACCACAGAAUGGAUCAGAUAAUAAGUUUUACUCAAUAUUUCAAAAUAAAAACAAAGCUCCAACAGUGGCUCAUAAUAUAUUCAGUUCUGUUAUAGAAAAGGGAUCUGUGUACGACUUUGAUCAAAGUGAAGGGGAAACUAAAGAGAUGGCAGAACAGCGUUAUAAUGAAGAGAAGAUUAAAGAAGAACAAAGGAAACUGCAGGAACAGAUGGCCAUAGAAGAAGAAAAAAGGAAAGAAGCUUUGAAACGGGAAGAGCAGGAGCGUCUUAGACAGGAAAAAUUAAGAAGAGAGGAAGAAGAAAAGAGGCAGGAGGAAGAACGACAACAACGAGAGGAGUUAAAGCGACUUGAAGAAAAGCGUAGAAAAGAAGAACUAAGAAAACAAGAAGAGUUGAGAAAGAAAAUUGAAGAAGAAAAGAAAGCUGAACUUAAAAGGAAAGCUGAAGAAGAAGAGAGAAAGUUCAGAGAAAGAGUCGACAAAGAAUCCAUAGAAUUAGUUGAUGAAUUUAUCGAUGAAUUAUGUGAUGAUAAUGUGUCAAAAAAUAUGAAAGAAGAAAUGGAGAAUUUUAAUAAUUUGAUGUUGUAUGCUGAUACAUUAACAGAAACAAUAAUAAACGAAAUAAAUAUUGAAACAUGCAACAUAGAAAUAAAAGCUGAACAGUUUUGGGCAAAUAAACUUAGAAAAAAGUUUUUCAAAAUUUGGAGAGACCAAUUAGUAAAAAACAUUAAAAGAAGAGACCUUUUGGAAGAUACACCAGUCUGGUUGACGUCGAAAACUCCUUUAGAGGAAGCAAAUUAUUUAAGACGCAUGGUUGAAAACACUGCUUUAAAAAACAUGAAUGCCUUUCAUAGGGGUUACAAAUUUAAUGGGGAAUUAAAACUUCAUCCUACUCCGGAACCUUACAACUUGAUGGAAAUAAUAAGAUCUUCUUUAUUAAAACGUAUGAAGCAAAUUAAUUACCCAUAUGAUAAAUGCUUCUUCUGGAAAAUAACAUUAGUUUCUCCUGGUACAAUGAAAUGGCUUUAUAGAAAAGUUAAUAUUGAAAAGUGGUUACUAGAUGUCUUUAGUGAUAAAAAAAGACAUGCUGCUUCUGAUAGUCUAAUACAUGUUGGCAAACAAUCAUGGAAUUAUUUGAUGGACUUUGCCAUAUCUGUAAGUUUAACUGAUAAAGAUAAAAUGAAUACUUGCAACGAAGCAUUAGAAGGGUCUAAUGGAUUAUUGAUGUACACUACAGAACGUGAUAAUAAUCUAUCAUCAACAAUAGAAUCAUUUGUUAAAUUAAAAUACCCAUACCAAAUUGUGCCUGUAGCGAUGAUUGUACCAAAGUCUGAAGAUUUAGACACUUACAACAUUUUGGAAUCUCAAUUGACUAAUUUAGUUAACAAUAAAGCAAUUUCAGCUUAUAAAAUAUUCAUCAUAGAGCCUAAAAAUGUAUUUGAAUCAUUAAACCUUGCUACGAAAACGGCUUUAAAAUGGCUAGCGAAAAAAUAUCCCCAGAAUCCGCCUAUUGAAAUAGAUUGGCUUAAAUCUAUUUGUCAGAGAUACCUUGGCAAUGAAAUUUGGUGUACAUUAAAAUCAGAAAGAGAUAGUCGUAUGAGGAUGGUGAUUAAAGAUUUACAGAAAUUGGUGAACUGUUAUAAUAAUUCUGUUGAUAAAUUAACAAAUGUCAUUACAAAUGAGGAUUUAUUCAAUUAUCCAUCAUUUCCUCUAGAGUUCAAAGCAUUUUUGGAUAGUGAAUCCCCAUAUCCUAAACCAUAUGAAUUUAUUUCUAGCAAUGUGAAGACCUCUGAAAAUAUUUCAGCUAUUAAAGACAUCAUGAAACAGUUAAAAUUGCCCUGCCCAGUAUCAGGUUUUAAUCCUCUAAGCGUGACGGACAUGCAACAAGAAAUUCGUAAAUACUGUUACCAAAUUGGUUGGUUUGAAAAUCCAGAAGAAGUUACAUGUAGAGUUGUUGCAUUAUUACCUAAUGAGUUUUCUAAUUUGGACAUGCCUUGUGAUGAAUUUAGUCAAUACUUUGCUCAGUACGAUCUCAUAGACAUUUUAAACAUAAUUGUCUAUGAAAAGAUUAGGAGGCUGAAUAACUUUGAUAAUAGAUACGCUAUUUACGAGAAGUCUGUUUUGGAAGACUAUCGUAGUACAAACUGGCUAUAUGAUAUUGAUGUCAUAUCUAAUUUAAAACACAAGGCUAUAGAGUAUGAUGUUGAUGAUGAAUUAGAUUUCCUGAUUGAAGCGAAAAGGCGAAAAAUUGCAAUGGAUUCAACAGAGUAUUUAAUGUUGGAAGACAAAGAUAGUACUAUAGUGGAAGAAAAUAUUAAAGCUACUGAUGAGAGUAUAUCUAGGUAUAAUAGUUGCUCAGAGGCUGUCAAACAGUUGGAAGAGCAAAUAGAAAAUGAGAAAAAGAAAUCUUUAGAACUCGAAAACUUGUUAAGGCUUGCACUGUCUGAUGUAUAA